GGCGAGCAGGCCAGACGCGACAGGGUUGGCUGCUGCAGAGGUCUCUACAGAGACCAGACCAGGGAGUUUGGCAUUUUCAGCUCAUGGGAGCCAGGAUGAGAAGUUAUUGGCAAAGGAGAGGGCAGCAAGCCUGUGUCCCUGGACGAUUAAUCUCCAGACUGUGUAGACUGAAAGAAGAUAAGAGAGGGGGAGUCAGGACAGUGAUUCCCAACUCUCCUCCCACUCCCCCAUGCUUCGGAAGUUGUAACUAAUCAAACUAUACUAAGUCGCUGGGCUUGAUUUCUUUCAAUCAAAUAGAUAUAUAUCUGCCAGUCUGAGCUUCUGACCAUCACAAGAAUAUCAGUGUCACUGACCUAGGCAUGAAAUAAAUGCAGCUAAAAGCCCAAGAAUAUGGAAGUCUAGUGUGAACAGCCUAGUACUGUUUGAUUGAGGAGCCUUUUCCUGCUGAACUCAGCUCUCGGGACUCUUAUCACUUGAACCCUCUUCAGCCCCCAGAGGCCCCUUGGACCUGGGUCGUGCCCAUUGGUGUAGAUAAGAGGUAACAAAGGACUUUUUUCAGCAGCACAAUGGCCUCCCCGAAGAAGAAACUCCAAGGUCUGGUUGCAGCAACCAUCACGCCGAUGACUGAGCAUGGAGAAAUCAACUUCUCAGUCAUUGGUCAGUAUGUGGAUUAUCUUGUGGAAAAGCAGGGAGUGAAGAAUGUCUUUGUGAAUGGCACGACGGGAGAAGGACUGUCUCUGAGCAUCUCAGAGCGCCGCCAGGUCGCAGAGGAGUGGGUGACAAAAGGAAGGAACAAGUUGGAUCAGGUGGUAAUUCACGUAGGAGCCCUGAGCCUGAAGGAGUCACAGGAACUGGCCAAACACGCAGCAGAAAUAGGAGCUGACGGCAUCGCUGUCAUUGCACCUUUCUUUCUCAAGCCGCGGAACAAAGAUGACCUCACUGAGUUCCUGAAGGAGGUGGCCGCCACUGCCCCAGGACUGCCCCUUUAUUACUAUCACAUCCCCUCCUUGACGGGGGUAAAGAUUCGUGCCGAGGAGUUGUUGGAUGGGAUUCAGGAGAAGGUCCCCACCUUCCGAGGGCUGAAAUUCAGUGACACGGAUCUCUUAGACUUCGGGCAGUGCGUCGAUCAGCACCGCCAGCGGCACUUUGCUCUCCUCUUUGGGGUGGAUGAGCAACUGCUGAGUGCUCUGGUGAUGGGAGCAACGGGAGCGGUGGGCAGCACCUACAACUACCUGGGGGAAAAGACAAACCAGAUGUUGGAGGCUUUUGAACGGAAGGACCUCUCUUCGGCCCUGAAUCACCAGUUCUGUAUUCAGAGAUUCAUCAACUUUGUGGUCAAACUGGGUUUUGGAGUGCCGCAGACCAAAGCCGUCAUGACACUGGUGUCCGGGAUUCCCAUGGGCCCACCCCGGCUUCCGCUGCAGAGAGCCUCCAGGGAGUUUAUAGAGAAGGCAGAAGCUAAACUGAAGAGUCUGGAUUUUCUCUGUUUUCCUGGUUUAAAGAAUGCAAACUUGGAAGCCAGCUAAUGCCUGCCUAUCCAGUCGGGGUGUGUACACUGCGAUGUAAUCCACCUUGAAGAGUGCAUCCAUUUCUCAAGGACUUUAUAGAUGAGUUUGAACUAAAGUCUUUCCUGCCAAAUGAGAUCGCACAUCAGUCAACAAGUAUUGAAGCACCUACUGUGAUCUUUAAAAAGCUUUGUUUCCUGAAGGGGUGAAAACUGUAAACGGAGAUGUGGGCCCUCAGUCAUUCAACGUUACGCAAACUUUGUAAGGAGAAAUGUCCACCCACGUGGAUGAAAGGGAAUCCAGAGGAAAAUUGUGGUUAAUUCCAUUUGCCUUUGGUAGCUCCCAUUCUGUUGAUUUCUGGUUGUUCACCCUAUUUUAAAGUUUUCUCAUUUUAAACCACUGGAAUGUACUUUCAUUUUAAUGAAUAUUCAUUUGGAACCUAGGAAAACUCUGAGCUGUGGCAUCUCCUCAGGCGUGCUAACUUUAAUGCCAAAUGACAACAUGACUUAACGACACACAACUAUUGUGUUAACACACCAGCUUACUGGGCUGCUCAGUCUAACUGUAGAACACCUGCUUUCAGAUUAAAACCUGUGAUGUCACAGGUCUCCCCCCAAACCCUGGGUUAGGUGAGGACUUGCUUCAGUUCCUCUACCUAAGGGGCCCAUGAGAGUGGUUUUCACAUAACAAAGGAGAGGCCUUCCAAAAAGAUUCACGUCUCCGCUUGUUGCUGUAUGAGAACUCCCAAAAGCUCAAAGUUUCAAAGAACCAAGGAGUUCUGCUCGGGCACCACAAACUUCCCCUCCCCUCACUGAUAAGGAAGUGUCACCCCCCACGUCACCCUGAAUUAUUGGAAGUGAAGGCCAUUGUCCCUUCUGCAGUGGGCCCAGGGGCUCCUGUUACUUCCCAGGCACACUUGCAGGGAGUCACUCUUCUUCAGCGAUAGGAGAUUUAUCAAUUUUAUAUUAUGCAUUAAUUAUAUAUUAAUUUUCUGAAAUCAGUUCUUGGAGAAUUUUUAAGAGGGUUAGUGAGAUCCUUUGAACACAAAGAGCAAUACAAUGAUUACAAUGACAAAAGUGAUGAAAC